GAAGUUCAGUCAGUCAGUUAGCCGAGUGCGUUGUCAGUGUGUGCGAUGCGGCCCUGGUAGCAUAAUGCUGUCGACGGCGGGCAGCGCGAUCGUGGACUCGUUCAAGCCCGAGUCGGCCGUGCAGGUGGUCGGCGAGGCCAGUCUGGCAGCCGUGGCCGCUCUGGGCCCGGCGUCGGCUCCGGGGGCGGCCGGACCCCGCCACCUGGUGCGCUGGCUGUGCCAGCAGGCCGACCUGUGGCUGCUGCUCUACCAGGUGAUCGUCAGGGUGCAGGAGCCCAUCGAGCGCAGCGCCGAGCACGUGGAGCAGCUGCUUUUACAAUUGGGGCCCCUCGACCCCGAGGAGCCGGCCCCCGCGACUUCCGACGAGUGUCAGAACCGCGAGGUGCCGCCCCCGGAGCCGCCUCCGCAGCCCCCGCCGCAGCACGCGGCAAGAUUCGCUUUUCCCUGGUGGACGCAAUCGGCAGCCGAGAGCAUCGAGAGCAGCUCCGGAGGAGUUGGCGGUGGCAUUUCUCAGCGCGAGAGCAACAUUCUGGUCACCCAGCCGGCCAGUUUGCCCAACUCGCCCCUGGCGUCACCCAACUCGCUGACCACAACCUUCAACCUUUCGCCCCCGGUCUCACCCCCACCCCCAACGCACUCGACGGACGAUCCUAACUGGCAAGCAUGCAAGCCGUCGGUGCGUGAACGCAACGCAGCCAUGUUCAACAAUGAGCUGAUGGCCGAUGUGCACUUCCUAGUCGGAUCUCCAGUGCAAAGUAUUCCUGCGCACAAGUAUGUGCUGGCAACGGGCAGCUCGGUGUUUUACGCCAUGUUCUUCGGCGGUCUGGCCGAAGAGUCUGCCGAGAUUGAGGUGCCGGACGUGGAGCCGCAAGCAUUCCUCACUAUGCUGCGCUACCUGUACUGCGACGAGAUCCAGCUGGAGGCGGACACCGUGCUGGCCACGCUGUACGUAGCCAAGAAGUACAUGGUGCCGCACCUGGCCAAGGCCUGCGUCAGCUACCUCGAAACCAGUCUGACGGCAAAAAACGCGUGUCUGCUGCUCAGCCAGUCUCGCUUGUUUGAAGAGCCUGAGCUGAUGCAGCGGUGUUGGGAGGUCAUUGAUGCCCAGGCGGAGAUGGCGCUUCACUCGGAAGGAUUUGUAGACAUCGACCUGAACACAUUAGAGUCAGUGCUGUCACGAGAAACGCUAAACUGCAAGGAAACGGCGCUAUUUGAGGCGGCCAUCAGUUGGGCGCGGGCCGAGUGCCAGAGGAGGGAAAUCGACCCUACCGCACAAAACGUCAGGGGCGUGCUCGGCAAGGCGCUGUUCCUGGUGCGCAUUCCCACCAUGGCGCUGGACGAGUUCGCCAACAAAGCCGCUCAAAGUGGCGUCCUCACCCUUAAAGAGACCAUCGACAUCUUCUUGCAUUUCACGGCAGACAUCAAGCCAACGCUGUCGUACCCCACUAAGGCUAGGACGGGAUUAAAGCCACAGUUGUGCCAUCGCUUCCAAUCGUGCGCGUACCGCAACAACCAGUGGCGAUACCGUGGGCGCUGCGACAGCAUCCAGUUCAGUGUGGACAAACGAAUCUUCGUCGUGGGUUUCGGUCUGUACGGCUCGUCAAACGGCGCGGCCGACUACAACGUCAAGAUCGAACUUAAGCGACUUGGCCGCAUCCUGGCCGAGAACGAGACGCAGUUCUUCUCGGACGGCUCGAGCAACACGUUUCACGUCUACUUCAAGCACCCCAUCCAGAUCGAACCUGAGGCGUUCUACAUGGCGUCUGCGGUGCUCGACGGCCAGGAGCUCAGCUAUUUCGGUCAGGAGGGCAUGAGCGAGGUGUCCGUAGGCACGGUCACCUUCCAGUUCCAGUGCUCCUCUGAGAGCACCAAUGGCACUGGCGUCCAGGGGGGACAAAUACCUGAACUCAUUUUCUACGGCCCGCAGCCGGUGCUCAGUGACGAACAUUAAAUCAUGCCUGGCGACGCUCCUCUUGCAGUUGACUAGAAUUUCCCGUUUCUCAAGGGAACUGUGUAAAUAAUCUUGUAAUUACCCGAAAUUAGAAGAUUUCAGGCUUGCCAUCAGUGGCAGGUGAUGUUCAGGGCUCGAAAAUUUUUUUUUUUCAUUUGUAAUCACCUAUUUCUACAAAUUAUAUUGAGAAGUGCAUAAUUCUGCCAAUUUGCUAUCGUUUUUUUGUGGAUUUAAAAAAAACAAAGAAUCUUCCGUCCUUCAAAAAUAUUUUUAAUUUUUAUUUAUGCGUUCUUUGAAACCACUUCUAUUUAUUUUGAGACGUGCGUGAAAACAAAUUUACAAAAUCAACCGUCUAAUAAAACCAGUUUUCUGAAACCCCAUUUCUACAAUUAAUUGUGAGACGUUCAAAUUUGGCAUAGUUUUAGGAUAAGAAAUCUAUCGCCAGGAAAAAACUGAUAUUUAAACCGGCCGUGGAAAAACUGGACGGAAAUUUGUGCGAACCCUGGCGUAAGUCUAACAACUCGCCCUGCCGCUUGUAAGCCGACCUAUUUGCCAAGUUACUAUGGUAUUUGAAUCUUAUUAACUGUUAGUAAUUAAACACCAAUCAAAACCAAGACCUUUUGUUUGUCCUUGAGAGUAUUCGGAGCGAGUUAAUUUGGAAUUGUGAUAAUAUUUUUAAUACUUGCGUUGACAAAUUCGUCGCCCAAUUAGUCCUGUUAAUUUAUGUGAAAGUUCAUCUGAUCAAAUUGAUUAUUAUUGUAAAUUAGGUUAAGCCGUGUAACCGUUUAUGUAAUACGUAAUUUUUCGAGGAGUCAAUACACUUGAAUAAUAAAACACUGACUUGAAAUUAUUAUUUCAUGAGA